UUAGAGAUGUGACGCCAUUUAAAGGAACGUAGUUCAGUCGAUGAGGAAAGGUGUUUCACCCUCUGAUGACAUUGUACAUUAAGUAAAAGCAGUCACGUUCUCCAAAAUGGGAUCCUUGAAGUUAAUUGAAGUCGAAAACUUCAAAUCGUGGAAAGGGCGACAGUUGAUUGGGCCCUUCAUGCGCUUCAACUGCAUUAUCGGCCCCAAUGGAUCAGGGAAGUCCAAUAUAAUGGAUGCUAUCAGUUUUGUGAUGGGCGAGAGAACUGCUAAUCUCAGAGUGAAGCACAUGAAGGACCUGAUUCAUGGUGCUCAUAUAGGACAUCCUGUGUCACCUAUGGCAAGGGUCACUAUGCUGUAUGAGACGGAAAAUGGAGAGGAGCUAACAUUUACCAGAGCCAUUGUUGGUAAUUCUUCAGAAUUUCGAUUAAAUGAUAAAGCUAUCAGUCGAACAGAAUACUCAAAUGAACUUGAAAAAAUUGGCAUUCUACUGAAAGGUAGAAACUGCCUGGUGUUUCAGGGAACUGUGGAGAAUAUUGCAAUGAAGAAACCCAAGGAAAGAACACAAUUGUUUGAACAAGUCAGCAACUCAGGGGAAUUAUCUAAUGAAUAUGAUAUGAAGAAGAAAGAAAUGGUAAAUGCAGAAGAAGAAGCUCGAUUUAAUUACAAUAAAAAGAAAAAUGCAGCUGUUGAGCGCAAACAUGCUAAGUAUGAGAAAGAAGAGGCAGAUCGUUACCAAGUGUUAGUUGAAGAACUGAAAGAAAGCAAGAUUCAAUUGCAACUCUUCCUUUUGUAUUAUAAUGAGAAGCUUAUAGAAAAGUUAUGCAAUGAUCUGCAAGCAAAAAGUGAAGUUAUAAAUAGUCAGAAAUUAAAGAAGGCCACAACAGAGGAAGAAGUGAGAACUGUGAAGAAAGAGUUGGGUAAACUGAACCGAGAGCUGCAAAAAGUGGAGGAGGAGAUAAAAGCUCAUGAAUCUAAUCUGAACGAGAGGCGGCCCAGCUACAUAAAAGCUAAGGAGAAUACAAGGCACCUUAUUAAGAAGGUUGAGAUGGCUAAAAAUUCUAUGAAAAACAGUGAAAAACAACACAACAAACACCAGCAAGAGGUGAAGGAUCUGGAAUCAGAACUUGAAGACCUGAAUAAACUGUUGGCAGAAUAUGAGGAAAAGAUACAAGCAGAACUCAGCAGCAGAGGUCACAGCAUGGAACUGGAAGAGAGCCAAAUGGAAGAGUAUAAAGAACUGAAGGAACUGGUGAGAAAACAGGUGUUUACAGUGGCUCAUGAACUAGAGAAGCUGCGAUGGGAACAGAAAGCUGAUCAAGACAAACUGGAACUGGAACAAAGGAACUAUAAACUUCUGGAAAUUCGAAUUAGACACACGGGAUUGGAAAUAGAAGAUUAUAUGAAAAGAAUAGAAAAGCUUGAGGAAUAUAUCAAUACCUGCAAGGUUUCUCUGACUGAGCAGAAACACCAGGAAGAAGACUUGAUUAAUGAAAUAAAGAAUGCUAAGCAACGUAUCAAUGAUGUCAGUGAAAAACUAAAUGAGGUGGCUGGUGAGCUGCAGAAUGCAGGGAUUGAUCACCGUGAAGGCCAUCGCCAACAGAGGAGAGCUGAAAUACUUGAGAGCUUAAAGCGUUUGUACCCAGAUUCUGUGUAUGGAAAACUUGUAGAUCUCUGUCAUCCUAUCCACAAGAAGUACCAGAUAGCUGUCACCAAAGUUUUUGGAAGAUACAUUAAUGCUAUUGUGGUUGCUACUGAGAAAACAGCCAGAGAUUGUAUUAAGUAUUUGAAAGAGGAACGAGCUGAGCCAGAGACUUUCUUGGCAUUAGAUUACCUUGAAGUAAAACCAAUCAAUGAACAGUUGCGUGAAAUUAAAGGAGCUAAAAUGAUGAUUGAUGUAGUUCAGUGUGUAUCACCACAGCUGAAGAAAGUAGUACAGUUUGUUUGUGGCAAUGGACUAAUAUGUGAAAAUCUGAAAGAAGCCAGACAGAUUGCAUUUGAAGGACCAGAAAGACUUAAGACAGUGGCAUUGGAUGGAACACUCUUCCUAAAGUCUGGUGUUAUCUCUGGGGGAUCCUGUGAUCUAAAGUUUAAAGCUAGGUGCUGGGAUGAGAAGGGGAUCAGUCAGCUGAAAGAAACCAAGGAUAAGCUGAAAAAUGAGCUCCGGGACCUAAUAAAAGUAAACAGGAAAGAAGCUGAAUUAAGGCAGUUGCAGGCUCAAAUCAAGGGUGUAGAGACCAGGAUGAGAUAUUCCUUGAGUGAUCUGGAGCAAACUAAGAAAAAGCAAUUGGCUAAUCGUCAAAUGGAAAGGUCAAAACUAGAAAGUACUUUGGCCAAUUUGAAGUCCCUGUUGACUAUGGUAAGAUCAAAUAUUGAGGAUCGAGAUUUGAAAAUGCAAGAGAUUCAGUCUCAAAUAAAUAAUGUUGAAGAUAGAGUGUUUGAAGAUUUCUGCAUCAAGAUAGGUGUAGCAAAUAUCCGUGAAUAUGAGGAUGAACAUGUGAAGCAUUUAGAAGAAAUAGCUAAGAAAAGGUCGGAGUUUGAGAACCAGAAAAUACGGUUGGCAAUCCAACUCGAAUACUUAUGUGAUAGGAUUAUAGAAGAUGUCAGAAAAAUUAAUAAGUGGAAAGAAGCUAUUGCAAAAGAUGAAGAAGAAAUUAUGAAGUUGAAGAAGGAAGAGUUACGGUUAAUGAGAGUUGUAGACGAAAUCAUGGCAAUGCAGCAGGAUUUUACUAACCAGCUUUUAAUUAAGAAGACACAAGUCCAGGAUGUGCAAAAGGAACUUGAUGAAGCCAGAAAGAAAUUAUCAAAUACUGACAGGGAGUUGACAAAGUUUCAGAAAGAAUAUGUUUCUGUUGAAGCAUCUAUAGAACAAGGAAGAUUGGAGCGACACAAUCUUCUGAUUGCCUGCAAAGUCCAAGAUAUACAGAUUGAAUUACUCCAGGGCAGACUAGAAGAAAUUAGUGAGGUAUAUACAGUUGGAACAGAAGAUGAAAGCACACAAGCAACAGUAGAUAUCUUUGAAUUGGAAGCUGGUUUUGUAAUAGACUAUAGUGGGUUACCGACAGAUCUGAAAGGUCUUACAUCCCCUAAAGAAAUUGGGAUAGAGGAGGAUAGACUGAAUAGGUUAUUAGAAGAAAAGGAGAAGAUUUUACACAAAACAACUGCACCAAAUCUGAGAGCAGUUGAAAAGCUACAAAAUGUGUGUGAUAAGUUUGAACAAUCAGUCCAUGCAUUUGAUUUAAGCAGAAAGAAAGCUAGAAUCUGCAGACAAGAUUUUGAACAAGUCAAAAGAAGGAGAUACAAUUUGUUUAACCACUGUUUUGAGCAUGUUUCAGUGAAAAUUGAUCAAAUCUACAAGAUGAUAUGCCAGAAUAGCAGUGCUCAGGCAUUCCUCAGUCCUGAGAACUCAGAGGAGCCUUACUUGGAUGGUAUUGGUUACAACUGUGUGGCUCCUGGGAAACGAUUCAUGCCUAUGGAUAACUUGUCAGGAGGAGAAAAGUCUGUGGCAGCAUUGGCACUGCUUUUUGCGAUUCACAGUUAUCGGCCAGCUCCUUUUUUUGUGCUUGAUGAAGUUGAUGCUGCUUUGGAUAACACAAACAUUGGAAAAGUUACAAAUUACAUCCGAGAACAAUCCAAGAAGAACUUUCAAGUGAUUGUGAUUUCACUAAAAGAAGAAUUCUAUUCAAAAGCUGAUGCAUUAAUUGGUGUAUAUCCAGAGAUGGGAUAGAUUCAGAUCAGAUUUGGCGGUUCAUACUGGGUCUCCUUGAACAACUGUGGACUGUCAACAGCAGAGAACAUAAACAAUCUGUAAGCUCUUGGCCCGUUUUAUCCUUC